AUGGCUUCCGAAAUUCUGAGGAUGACUCAGAGUAUCACCACAGCACAGGACAUGAGAGAGUCCACCCAGCUCAUAAUGAAACCUUAUGCCAACUGGGAGCAGUACCUGACACCAGCACCACUCUCCAUAGCCAUACUGGCUGAACUGAUCUUCAUUUCCUCUCUAACUGAUUUCUCCAUCAAUAAGAACCCAACCAAAGACGGCUACAAGUACAUCAAAUACCCAGAGUCAUUCCGUGCCUCCCUCAUGCAAGUGUGUAACUCUGGCUGGUGGGCUUUUAAUGAAGCCCAUAAGAGUAUGGAUCAGAUCCGCCUUCACACUUCCACUGUACCAGACUACAUGAAGACUGUAGUGAAGAUACUGUUUCAGGGAAGUGAUGAGGUCGUUGAGGCCCACCUGCCUGACCAGCUGGAGAACAUUCGGGUUAUUGCGGAUGAAUGUUUGGAGUUGGCCAAGACAGCAGAAGGAAAGUUUGCUGACGUCAUCAAUAUCAUUCAAGAGCUCCUGGAGGCAAGUGUGAAUGCAGAGAAUUGUUAUAGAGAGGAGCUGGAGGAAAUCAAGAAAAAACUGGAAGAAACCAAAAUGAGGGAGAAAACAUCACGGGAAGCCAAUGAAAGAUCUGCGAAGGCAAUGAAGACAAUGGAGAGGGAACUGGGAGAGGCUCAAGAGAACUACAAGAAAGCCAUGGAUUCACUUCCUAGUGGAUGGGAUAUAGUUGGCAUGAAUGUAGCUGAAGGACUGGCAGAGGGUGUAAUAGGUUUUUUAAGUGGGCUAUCAGCCAUUUUUACCCAACCUUUUGCAAAAAAGUAUGACGCACCAUCAACAAAAAAGGAUACACGUGAUCAUAUGACAGGUCAGGGUGAUGCAGCAGAUGUAAUUGAUAAAAUAAGCAUCUACAGCAAGUCUGGAGAAAUUCUUCACAUUACAGCUCAACUCAUUGGAAAAUACAUUCAAGGGGAUACCAUUAACUGUAAGGAACUGUACGACCAGAAGAGAAAAUACACAAACACAGAUGUUGCAGCAGACCAGUUAAAAAGGGUCAAAGACAGCUUGGAAAAGGUUCCAGACUGUGAACCAAAACAAGAAGCUAUUCACUUAUGUGAAACUGGAAUCAAAAUCUGCCAGAAGCUUGCGGACUGUGCACCUACAGGUCAGUGUUGCAUGAACAAAACAAAGGAGAUCAUCUCUAAUUGGAAAAAGCUCGUUGAAUCAGCCCGAGCUUUCGACAGCAAAAGUAAGAGAGUCACAAAUUCUCCAUCUAUGAUGCCAAAACCACCCAUGAUGUACAAGCAGGAGAGUGAAGGGUCUGGUAAAAAGUCUGCAGGAGAUAGGGCCUCAGAGAAUGCUCACUUCCGUAUUGCGCAAACCCAAGCACAACUAGACAAGACGAGAGAGAUGUAUGAGAAGUUUGUGGAGAAUAUGGAGAAGAACCAGAAGGAGCUGACUGACAUUUUGGUCACCUUAAGAAACUAUACAGCCAAGGAGAUUGACUUCAAAACCACCAUAGAAAUGCUGGUCAAAGGUAUGGAUGCCAUGGGUAAAGUGAAGGUGCAGUGGGAGAAGAUGAUACGUUUCUUUCAGAUGGUGUCCACCAUUGUGAAGACCAGCAUGAGCAAAACUCUCAACAAUUUUGUUACAACAUCUGAGAAGACACAGAAACUCUCUUACAAUGCCACACUGUUCUCGAAAGACCUGCUCUACAACCAGGCCUUCCAGGCAUCUAACAUCGCCAGUCUUGUCCACAUGAUCUCAGAUACCUACACUGAGGUGUCCAACAAGUACCUGAUGGACAGAAUCAGUAGUCUAGGAAAACUCUUGACCAUGGAUAAGAGUAAACCAGAGUUUAAACUAGAGCAUCAACAGCUACAGAAGGGGUGUGAUGAAGCACAGAGUGGUAUUCUACAACUGGUCCGUGAGAACCAAAAAGCCUUUGAAAGGAGUGCUGAUGCAAGAUUGAAGAAGAUUGAGGGAGAACUGCUGGCCAUUCUACCACCUGCAGCACCUGAAGUAAAGAAAGCUAUUGAAGAUGCUGUCAAAGCUGGAUUCAGCGAGGAAGAGGAAGCGAAUUAUUACUGA